AUGGAAGCCAGGCUGCUGAGGACCGUCUGGGGACUCUUCCUGCUGUACCUGCUGCAGGCAGAGUCUGCAAGUAGUGUGGACUUAGUGCCAGAGAAGAUUGCAGGGUUCUGGAAGGAAGUGGCUGUGACUUCUGAGCAGAACCUGGUGCUGAAGACUCAGAGGAGGGUAGAGGGCUUGUUCCUCACCUUCAGUGGAAGGAACAUCACUGUGAAGGCUGUGUACAACAGCUCAGGAAGCUGCAUGACAGAAACAUCAGUGGGUUCAGGAAGAGACACUGUUGGGGAAUUUGCUUUUCCUGGCCAAAGGAAGAUCUAUGUGCUGGACACGGACUAUGAACACUACACCAUCCUCAAGUUGUCACUGCUCUGGCAGGGUAGAAACUUCCAUGUACUCAAGUACUUCACUCGGAGCCUUGAGACUGAGGAUGAGCCAGGCUUCUGGAGGUUUCGGGAAAUGACAGCCGACCAAGGCCUUUACAUGCUGACCCGACAUGGGAGGUGUGCUGAGCUCCUGAGAGAGCUGGUGAGAUGGCGUUCAGCUCUGUUGGAUAUCUUGGGGUUUCCUGUGUCUAACACCAUCCGAAUCCACUACCUACACAACCUCACUGUCACAGCCCACACCCCAGAGGUUGACACUAUAACCCACUUUGCAGAUAGAGACUCCCAGGCUCAGGGAACCAGUGCUUUGCCAAAAUCAGGCAACAGGGGUGCCAGGGACUGGUCUGAAUAG